GUUGAUCUCCUCGUUAUAUUAGGGUCAAACGUCAACGUAUAGACAGAAGUGGAUCACUUCCACUUCGUUUAAUUUGUACGAAGUUAAAAUUUACGACCGUUUAGAAAACAGUGUAGUAUCUCCUUUAAAUACUUCUGAAUUGCUUAGACAGUAGGAUUAUUGUCUUUUCCCCUUUUAAUUGGAUUCCAACUGGUCUAUGGGUCAAAAGCAACCAAAAUUAAAACAAGAUGCUGUUGAAGAACUACUAAACCAAACAUCUUUUACGGAAACUGAAAUUCAAGACUGGUAUAAGGGGUUUUUGAAGGAAUGCCCAACUGGUUAUUUAUCUAUUGAUGAUUUUAAACGUGUUUAUACAAAGUUUUUCCCAUACGGUGAAUCUAGUCGGUUCGCAGAGUAUGUAUUUCGUACAUUUGAUCAAAAUCAUGAUGGUUUGAUUGACUUUCGAGAUUUUCUAUCCUCAUUAAAUAUAACUAAUCGUGGUGAUUUAUCACAGAAAUUACGUUGGGCAUUCACGAUGUAUGAUUUAGACAAUGAUGGUUAUAUAUCAAAACAAGAUUUAAUUGAGGUUCUUACUGCUAUUUAUGCAAUGGUUGGCUCUGCUGUUGAAUUCAAUGUUACAGAUUCUACACCGGAAAAACGAGCAGAGAAAAUAUUUCAGUUGAUGGACUUAGAUAGAGAUAAUCGUUUGUCAUUAGAUGAAUUUAUAAAUGGUGUAAAAUGUGAUAAAUUAUUAAUGCGUUUGUUGACUUUCAAUACUCAUUCGUUGCAUCAUCAACAUGCAGAUUGUCUAAUGAAUGGAUCAAAUGAUAACAAAGGAUGGUCAUGUACAGAUACCCAUUAUAAUCAUCAAUCUAAUGAUUAUGAUAAUACAGUCAAACCAAUUGUAAAUCAAUCAUUUCCCAAACAGAAUGUUAUUCCUGAUACCUCAGAGUCUUAA